UUGACAUGUAUAACACACCAACUGACUGGUUCUUCUGAUGUUCUUCACACAGGAGACCAUGUCAGAGAGCAACAGCCGGAAGAUCACAGAGCUAAGAGGUCUCACCACUGCCCACAUUGUGAGGAGAUUUUCCCAAUUCUAUCAAAGCUAAAAACACACCUAAAAAUACACACUGGCGAGAACCCGUAUUCCUGCUCUGACUGUGGGAAGACUUUCUCCCGCUUGGAUACCUUAAAAAUUCAUGAACAUAUACAUACAGGAAAUAAUCCGUAUUCCUGUACUGACUGUGGGAAGACUUUCUCCCGAUUGGAUACCUUUAAAACGCAUGAACGUAUACAUACAGGAGAGAAUCCGUAUUCCUGUACUGACUGUGGGAAGAGCUUCACAACAUCAGGAACUCUGACAAUUCAUCAGAGAGUGCACACUGGAGAGAAGCCUUACUCCUGCUCUGACUGUGGGAAGAGGUUCUCUCAACAUAUCCAUUUACAAAAACACCAACAUAUUCAUACUGGAGAGAAGCCUUACUCCUGCUCUGACUGUGGGAAGAGUUUCUCUCAACAGAACCACUUAAAAUGUCACCAGCGAAUACAUACAGGAGAGAAGCCUUACUCCUGCCCUGACUGUGGGAAGAGUUUCAUCCGAUUGGAUAUUUUAAAAUGCCACCAGCGAAUACAUACAGGAGAGAAGCCUUAUUCAUGCUCUGAGUGUGGGAAGAGUUUCUCCCAACUGGGUAACUUAAAAACACACCAACUUAUACAUAAAGGAGAAAAGCCUUACUCCUGCUCUGACUGUGGGAAGUGUUUCACAACAUCAACUGAUGUAAAAGUUCAUAAAAGAGCACACACAGGAGAGAAGCCUUACUACUGCUCUGACUGUGGGAAGAGUUUCUCCAGAUUGUUUACCUUAACAACACACCAACGUAUACAUAAAGGAGAGAAGCCUCAUCAGUUCUCUCAGACCAGCUAAAAUUAGUCAUUACAUCACUUAACUCUCCAGAAAUCAUAAUAUACUCUAUUGUGUUCCUGUUGUUUCUCACUGUGAGAAAAGGGAGCGUUAUAGAAUUUUAGCCUCUCUCUACUUUACUGAUCAGUGAGCACCUUGUCAGUUUUGGUGUGUUUUGUUAGCUUCUACUGUAAAGAUAUUGAGAUGACCUUGGAUUUGCCCUUAGGGUUGAAUACCCUCUAUGAGGCUGGUUGACUGGGUGGAACUGCAGAGGGAGGCAGUAUUCUCUGGGAUUGAGCUUGUAGACACAACAUGUAUCACAUAGAGAUGGUGUGAUGAUCAGUUUUCACCACUAGUUUGGGGGGGAUUAUUUGAUUUAUUAAACAACUAUUUGUUUAAUUAUAUACAGGUUAUGAAACAACUACAUUUGUUUAUUCAGUUGCACUUUAAAACUAGAUUAUCUAUUUUUGUCAUUGAUGAUGAAUAUGUUUAGAUAGCUGCAACUUAACUGAUCUUCCGAUUUAUAAAAUAAUAAUAAUAAUACCCCCAAAAUACAUUCAAUUGUACAUGAAUGUGUACUGGUCAAACUCUUUUCUUUUAAUGUUAGUUAUUUCAUAUUAGAUCUGACACUAUGAAUGGUUCUUAUGGUUGUAUUCAGUUCUUCAUAUUAGAUCUGACAGUAUGAAUGGUUCUUAUGGUUGUAUUCAGUUCUUCAUAUUAGAUCUGACAGUAUGAAUGGUUCUUAUGGGCUGAGUGCCUGGAGUGUUUUGGUAUGACUACAGUCAGGAGUUCUCUCUGACCCUGUGAUGUCACCAGGACAGAACCACAUGUCUCUAUUACACUCCAGCCCAGAAUGUGGCAGUGAUUUACAGUUAAUGUUGGUUUGCACACUACCAAUAAACACCAUAGAAGAAGAAUGUAUACUUAGUGAUCACACCCAUUCCCCAUGCUGCAAAACAAUGAGUGUGCAUUGUGACCACACACAAUGAAACAUUUUGUAAGUACAUUUAUUUUAAAAACAUCAGGUUUUGUGUUAAUUGUUUCUGGUGAUGGGGAAUCAAAGUUUCCUGAAUCAUUGAGGUCUUCCAGCCAAUUGUGUUGAAAAUAGGGUGAGGCACAUGGGCUACUAACAUCUUACUACACAACAUACACUUAGUAUGACUUUCUUAACAACUAUACAUAUCUCCCUGGUAUACCUGGUAUAUUACAUCAUUUAUGCAGAAGUAUACAAGACAUUUUUGGACUCACCUUGUUGUGCUGUGCUCAUUUGAACAGGAAGGUGGCGCGGCAGUCCUUCUCAUGGGCUCUAGAAAGAGGCCCGAGUUCCCAACUUGGAAUUCAGAGUUGGAUGACCGUUCAAAAUGUGUUUUUUUUCUUCUGUAUUUUCACCAGUUGGAGCUUUUUUGUGACAUCCAAUUGGUAGUUACGAUUUUUUUUCUCAUUGCUGCAACUCCCCUAUGGACUUGGCAAAGGUCGAGAGCCAAAUAACACUGCUCGUUUAACCCAAGAGCCUAGCCGCACCAACGUGUCGGAGGAAACACUGUUGAACUGAUGACCACCGUCAGCUUGCAGUCGCCCCGGCCCGCCACAAGGAGUCGCUGGAGCACCAUGAGACAAGGACAUCCCGGCCGGACAAACCCUCCCUAACCUGGACGAUGCUGGACCAAUUGUGCCCCUCCUCAUGGGUCAUGUGAUACAUGACUAUCUUACAAACUAAUGUAAUAGUAUUUAUUCAACCUAUAAACAAAUAAAACAUCCAUGGACAUAUUUUGGGGUGACUGUAACUAUAAUGUUCUUAUGGAGUCAAACAAAACAUUCUUGCUCAGGACAGCAGGUUAUACGUCUGUGAGAUCUUCAUAAUUGUUGUAAUAAUCUGCCAGAACCUUAUUGAACAGCGUUUACCACUUGCACCAUGAACUAUUAAUGCAAACUCAACUAAAGCACAGUGAGAACACAUUGUUGUUGGAUAAAUAAACUAAAUAUCUAACAUUGUUUUCCCAUUUGAACUUUGCUGUGCUUUUAUAUGGUUGAAAGCGCAGUGAUAAUAGUGGUGACGCUUCAUUCAGGGCAGGUGGAACAGAGCCUGUUUUGAGCCCCACCUGUUUAGCUAAAAAUAAAAUGUUAUUUUGGAAUUAAUACGUGUCACAUAUCAGUUUGCAAACAAUGUAAAAAACAAUAUUGAGUUAAUAAAGCCGCAUACAAAUAUAUAUAUAUAUAUAUACACACACACACACUACUGGUCAAACGUUUUAUAACACCUACUCAUUCAAGGGUUUUUCUUUAUUUUUACUAUUUUCUACGUUGUAGAAUAAUAGUGAAGACAUCAAAACUAUGAAAUAACACAUGGAAUCAUGUAGUAACCAAAAAAGUGUGAAACAAAUCAAAAUAUAUUUUAUAUUUGAGAUUCUUCAAAUAGCCACACUUUACCCUGAUGACAGCUUUGCACACUCUUGGCAUUCUCUCAACCAGCUUCAUGAGGUAGUCACCUGGAAUGCAUUUCAAUUAACAGGCGAGCCUUCUUAAAAGUUAAUUUGUGGAAUUUCUUUCCUUCUUAAUGCAUUUGAGCCAAUCAGUUGUGUUGUGACAAGAUAUUGAUCCCUCAAUCAAUAUACCUAUACAGAAGAUAGCCCUAUUUGGUUAAAGACGAAGUCCAUAUUAUGGCAAGAACAGCUCAAAUAAGCAAAGAGAAAUAACAGUCCAUCAUUACCUUAAGACAUGAAGGUCAGUCAAUACUGAAAAUGCAAGAACUUUGAAAGUUUCUUCAAGUGCAGUCGCAAAACCAUCAAGCGUUUUAAUGAAGCUGGCUCUCAUGAGGAUCACCACAGGAAAGGAAGACCCAGAGUUACCCCUGCUGCAGAGGAUAAGUUCAUUAGAGUUACCCCUGCUGCAGAGGAUAAGUUCAUUAGAGUUACCUCUGCUGCAGAGGAUAAGUUCAUUAGAGUUACCAGCCUCAGAAAUUGCAACCCAAAUAAAUGCUUCACAGAGUUCAAGUAACAGACACAUCUCAACAUCAACUGUUCAGAGGAGACUGUGUGAAUCAGGCUUCAUGGUCAAAUGUCUGCAAAGAAACCACUACUAAAGGACAGCAGUAAGAAGAACAGACUUGCUUGGGUCAAGAAACACGACCAAUGUUCCUUAGACCGGUGGAAAUUUGUCCUUUGGUCUGGAGUCCAAAUUGGAUAUUUUUGGUUCCAACUGCUGUGUCUUUGUGAUACAUGGUGUAGGUGAACAGAUGAUCUCCGCAUGUGUAUUUCCCACCGUAAAGCAUGGAGGAGGAGGUGUGAUGGUGUGAGGGUGCUUUGGUGCUGCUUCCCUCUGCAGUUUUCUGUGGGAAUGAGCUAGUAGACAACAUGUAUCAGAUAGAGAUGGUGUGAUGAUCAGUUUUCUGUGGGAAUGAGCUAGUAGACAACAUGUAUCAGAUAGAGAUGGUGUGAUGAUCAGUUUUCUGUGGGAAUGAGCUAGUAGACAACAUGUAUCAGAUAGAGAUGGUGUGAUGAUCCGUUUUCACCAUUUAGUUUGGGAUCAUUCUUUACUACUAAAUGACUAUUUCUUUAAUGAUAAACAGGCUAUGAAACGACUUCAUGUAUUUAUUCAAUUGUCUUUUCAAAACUAGCUUUAUUAUGUUAGUCAUUGAUAAUGUGUUUGGGAAAACCAUAUUCAAGCCAACUAAAUUGAUCUGCCAAUGAAAAAUAAAGUUUGUAUAUGAAUUUAUGCUGGUCAAACUUUUGUAUAAUGAAUUACAAUAAACAAUGUUUCAAGUGA